UAUAGAUGUUUGCUAGAGGAAGAAUAAACCCUCCAAUAAAGCCUCUCACCCAUUUUUGGCAUUUUACCUGAUUCCUAGCUAGAGAUAAAUUCUUUUGUUGCUGCCAUCUCUAAUCCGGUCCUCUUCCUUCCAUUUCUUUUCUUUAAUCUUUUUUUUCUUUACAAUCUAAACAUUUCUCUAUUUUUCGAUGAUAAUGUUUUGAAGAAAAAGAGCGUUAAGAAUAAGAAGAUUUUUACCAAAAAAGAAAAAAAAAAGAUUCAUGCAGGAAAUGUAUUUGUAUAAUCAAUAAGAAAAAGUGUGUUUGUGUUUAAAAAUAAUAAAAAGAUGACGACUGGUGGUGGAAAGGGAGAGAAGAUAUUGGUUUCGGUAAGAGUAAGGCCGCGGAACGACAAGGAAAAGACGAGGAACGAUAUCUGCGAUUGGGAAUGUGUAAACAACACAACCAUAAUCUGCAACAAUAAUUUGCCUGAGAGAUCUCUCUUCCCAUCUACCUAUACAUUUGGUAACAUGUUAAAAGCUAAACUUAACCAUUUUAGAGUUAAGGAUGCUAAGAAAACAAGUUUUGAAUUUUUUGUUACAGACAAAGUGUUUGGAUUUGAUAGCCCCACAAAACAAGUCUAUGAAGAUGGAGCCAAGGAGGUUGCUCUUUGUGUCCUCGAGGGAAUCAAUUCAAGCAUUUUUGCGUAUGGACAGACAAGCAGUGGGAAGACGUACACGAUGAGUGGCAUCACUGAAUUCGCAAUGAAUGAUAUUUUUUGUUACAUUCAAAAGCAUAAAGAACGGGAAUUCACUCUCAAGUUCUCUGCAAUCGAGAUCUACAAUGAAGCUGUGAGGGAUCUCCUUAGUGGAGAUAAUAACCAGUUGAGGCUUCUAGAUGAUCCAGAGAGAGGAACCGUCGUUGAGAAACUUAUUGAGGAGACCCUCCGAGACAGAACCCAUCUAGAGGAGCUUCUUUCAAUUUGCGAGACUCAGAGGAAGAUUGGAGAAACCUCAUUGAAUGAAACUAGCUCCAGAUCACAUCAGAUUCUCCGGCUGACUAUUGAAAGCUCUGGUCGAGAAUUUUCUCUAGAGAGCUCCAGAACUCUUGCUGCAUCCGUGUGCUUCGUUGAUCUGGCGGGAAGUGAACGUGCUUCUCAAACUUUAUCUGCUGGUGCAAGAUUGAAAGAAGGUUGUCAUAUAAACCGGAGUUUACUUACUCUUGGAACCGUCAUCCGCAAACUAAGUAAAGGUAGAAACGGCGGGCAUAUACCAUAUCGAGACUCGAAGCUAACUCGAAUCCUUCAGAACUCUUUGGGAGGAAAUGCGAGAACAGCUAUCAUAUGUACAAUGAGCCCUGCACGUAGUCAUGUUGAACAGUCAAGAAACACACUUCUCUUUGCAACAUGUGCUAAAGAGGUGACGACAAACGCUCAGGUCAAUCUAGUUGUGUCAGAGAAGGCUUUGGUGAAGCAACUGCAACAGGAACUUGCUCGAAUGGAGAAUGAGUUGAAGAACAUAGGAUCUUCUUCUUCUGCAGGCUCUGAGUUCUAUUCAUUGCUGAAACAGAAAGAGGAAGUCAUUUCACAAAUGGAGGAACAAAUGAAAGAACUAAAAUGGCAGCGUGAUGUAGCGCAAUCUCGGGUGGAGACUUUGCUUAAAGCAACAGCAGAAGAGCGGUCUUCUCGGAUGGAUGAACAUUCAAUGUUAAGCUCCAUGGAUUUUGAUGCAGAUCUUCGAAGAAGAAGCUAUGAUUCAAUAGAUAUUGGUGAGCCUAGUACCGUUAAUAACUUCACCGAGAGGAACUUUGAGCUUUUCGAAAACCCUGAAGAAGAUGAUUUCUUGGUGGAAGACAAUAUUCCUCAGUUUUCGAGGUACAAUCUGUACAAUGGCUGGGAGGAGAUUGUUCAAACAACCAACAACCAAAAAGUGGAAGGUGAGCAGAGUUGUGUCCAAGCAGAACCAGUGGAAAGCCAUGACGACAUUGUUGAUAAGAAAGCUGUGUCUGAGGUUCUCUCACCCAGAAAAGAAGAAACUGUAUCAUCUCCGGAAUACCAACCAAGCGAUAGCUCGUUAAUGGGUAAUAAUGAGCAAGAAGAGGUGGAGAUUAGCACUCCUGCCGAAAAGGAAAACGUUGACUUAUCGUCUCCAAAUGCUAAGCCUGAGACCUCGGAUUUGGAGAUGAGAUCAUCAGUUGAAGUACAAGAAACACAGAAAUUUGUGAAGGAAGACGAAGAGGAAAAGAAAGAAGAAAGGAUGACAAGUUCAUCAACAAAGCAAGCUGAAGAAUGCUCAAAUAAAGAAGAAGAAGAAGUUGCUCAGCCAGAGCAGCAAAAUUCACUCCCUACAAAGAAGCAAUGUGAAGAGACAGUCGAAGUGGAAUUAGUACCUGAUGGUGCUAAGCUAGAUGAGGAUGAUAAAUAUUAUAGCGAAUCAUCUGUCUACAUGUCAGAUGAUGUUGACAACAGUACAUACGAGGCUUUGAAAGAAAAGGUAAAGGAGAUGCAGAAGAAAAUUGAAUACCUUAUGAGUAUGCACACAGCAGAACAACAACAGUCACCCUGCUUCAGAAGAGACUACAAGAGUCCGGAACUUUUCACUACAAAAAGAAGCCGAAGUUGCAGAGAGAAUCUCUUGUGUGUUAGAUCUCCUCUAUGGUUUGAUAACUUGGAAGCUAGUAACAAUGCCUCACCUUCCUGGAGGGCUAGGGAGUUAAAUGCAUCUCCUGGACGACCCAUGAACAAGACUACCAGCAUUUCCUUUGAUUCAGGGAGCUCUAUGAGUUCUACACCCAUUGAUGCGCAAAGCCUGAAAGACUGUGAUCCGCAAACGGACAAUAGCUUCCAAGAAUUUGUAGCAGGUCUCCAAGAAAUGGCAAGGCAGCACUCACUUGACUCGACACCUGGGCUAGAUUAUGGAAUUGAGAUCAAGCCGGAAAGCCCUGCAAAUGCAUUGCCAAAUGAUCAAUUAGAGAGAGAGCAGGGUGAUGAUUUGGUAGAAGACGCAGUACCUAAGGAAACAGAUUCCUCCACAGAGACUUUCCCAGAUAAAGGACAAUAUACAAGCAACUUAUCAGACUUUGAGAGACAGCAACGGCAAAUAAUUGAGCUUUGGGCGGUAUGCAAUGUACCACUGGUUCACAGAACCUACUUCUUCUUGCUCUUCAAAGGUGAUCCAUCUGACUAUGUUUAUAUGGAAGUUGAACUCAGAAGGCUAUCUUUUCUGAAGCAGACGAUAAAUAAUGACACGGAAACAUCAAGGACACAAACGGUGAAGGCACUCACACGCGAGAAGGAAUGGCUUUCAAAACAAAUACCAAAGAAAUUCCCAUGGAACCAGAGAAUAGAACUCUACCGAAAAUGGGGCGUGGAGGUGAACUCAAAGCAGAGAAGUCUGCAGGUGGCGUGCAAAGUGUGGACCAACACACAAGACACGGAACACAUAAAAGAGAGUGCUUCUCUUGUGGCAAAGCUGCUUGGAUUUGUUGAGGCUAGUCGAAUGCCGAAGGAAAUGUUUGGCCUCAGCUUGUUACCGGGAACCGAGAACGUAAAAUCAUCUGGCUGGAGAUUUACCAAAUCUUUCUCCAGUAUGCGCUUGACCGGAUCAUAAAAAGGGCACAUACACAGUUCCUGCUCAUAAAAUUGUGGAAGGAUUGUAUGUAAAAUAACUAAAUUUCUAGACGUCAAACCGCAAGAAAAUUAAUCUUUGAAUUUUUUUUUUUUUUUUUGUGAUUCUAACUUAGAAUUUUUUUAUCCUCUUAAAUUUCUUAAUCAAAUUUAAUUGCUCGAUUGGUGAGUCCCACAAUUACAACAUAGGCUGUAACUGGAAAUAGAUUUAAUGAAUGCUAUGAACGAAAGGAAUUAAAAAAAAUGGAAUGUCAAAGUUGGAAUGAUACCACUUAUGGAAUAAAAAUGAGUAAUCGCAAGAAAACAUUUUUAUAAAAAAAAAUAACAUGGGACAUACUUUUCCAUGGUCCAUUAACAUUUACACAUACUUUCUACUUGCCAAGUACUUUUGUUGAGUAAAUUGACCAAAAACCCCUUCUAAUUUAAACCUCACACUUUCUCUAACCUAAAAUCUUCAUCCUGUCACAUAUGGUUCGGAGACGGAGACAGAAGCGGAAGCAAUAACAGAGGCGGUGGAGGAUUGACUUAUGGUGGUGGCACAUACUAGUGAUUAAAAAGUGGACCUGGUGAGAUGGUUGAGGAUCAGCAAGUGGAGGAUCUUAUGGUGGUGGUGCUUACCGAAACGGUGAAGGAAGAGGAGCCGCAUGUGGAGGUGGAGCUCAUAGAGGUGAUCCUGCAUUAAUCUCACUGACGAUUGGUGUCAACACUUAACGAAUUAAAUCCUUUUGAUUCCGGCAGCUUCGUACACAAAGAUUAUGACGAUGACCAUGAUUUAAAUCUUAAGUCAUGAAAGAACGCUUUCUCAAGCUUAUAGACUUUUGAGACAGGGAGAGGUAUGGUCUUAUGGUGGUGAUGAAAGAGGAAGAGCUGGAGGUGGAGCCGUGGUGGUGGAUCAGAAGGCGGAAGGUAAGUACGAGGUGACGGUGGAGGAGCUAAUGGCGGAAAUGUAGCUUGUGCAGGUGGAUAUGAAAAUUGUGGUGAUGAAAUAAGUGGUCGGGGGUCAUUGACGCAUGGAGGGUCUUGUGGUGUUGGUUGGAUGCAUAUUAUUGUGGUCGGAGGCGGAUAACCAUGUCCACAACCACACCAUCGGUGGAUGGUUAUGAAAGUAGUGAUGGUGAAUGAGGUAGUUAUGGCAGUGCAAAGAGGGAUACAGCAGUGGUGGUGAAAGAGGUGGUUAUGAAUCGUCCAUAAUUUGAAAUUGGUUUCAUGACCACACCUAGUCUGGUCGAGAGAAAUAUGAAAAGUAAGGCAAAAGAAUCUUGUCAAACACAAGGGCUUUUUGGGGAGAAAAAUAAGAAAAGUAAAACAAAAAGUACCCAUCAGUAACAAAGUAUGUGAACAUGCAAACAAACCUGGAAAAAUAACCUACUUAAUUAUACUAUUUAAUUGUACUACUUAAUUGUAUUUAACAGUAAAAUAAUUUUCAUUAAAAUUAAUAAACAAUGAUAAAAAGAAGUAAACAUAUUUAUUUAACUUUAGUUUGAUACUAAACAUUCUUCGGAUGAUUUGUAAGUUUGAUAUCACUACAGAGUGUUUAAAUAAGAAAAUAUGUUGCUAUAUUUUAGUUUAAGGUUGUAACAAAUCAUAGACUUAACCAGAAUUUUCAAAUUUAAAAUCUUAACAAAUCUGCCAUAUGACUACAAAUAAAUAAUUAUUAUCUAAACAUAAUUAAAAAUAUCUAAUUUUAUUUCAUUCCACUACAUUCACGUAACUUUUUUCUUCUAAAUGAUUUAUCAUUGCAUUUUAUUUGUUUCCAUUUAUUCCACAUGAAUUAUUGGAAUGUGAUCAUUUUGUAAUUCCAUGUAACUGGUAGUUUUAUUUUGGAAUCAAACGUAAUGACUCAUUCCAUGUAUUCCUAUUUUAAACUACUAUAAAUUAUAAAAUAGCAUAAUUUACAAAAAUAGUAAAAAUCAUAAUUCCACCUUAUGACAUGUAUCAUUUUAUUUAUUUAUAAAAACAUCAAUGAACAAGUCUACAUGUCUGAUUCAGUGGUGGAGCCAGGGCUUGGGAUAUGGGUCAACUGACCCAAGUGAAAUCUGUAUUUUUACUUGUAUUUAAUACAAAUCAGAAAAUAUAACAAAAAAUAGACAACUGAUCCAUGUAAUAUAUGUUUGUUAUGAAAUUGACCCACCUAAAAUUUUUUGGCUGCCUAUACCCAUUCCUAAUCAUGACACAUGUACUCAUCCACAUAAAAACUUUUCUAAAUUGUGUUUUGAUUUUGUUUUGUUUUUUGGCCCAUUAUUUUAGUUUUUGGUUAACCCAUAAGACCCUUCUGAAUUUUUCUAGAGUCAUUACUUUUUAGGGAUUUAUCCGACUCACCGGACCAUCUUCGUACUAAAGAUGACGUGGCGAUUUGAAUCCUCAUCGCUACCAAUAUCGUUGACACUAUAACGGCUACAGUUUUAUGUCUUCUGUCGUAUUAAAGCAACCAUUUAUGUGGUUCACCCCACUCCUAUCAAUUUCUUAUGCAUUAAAUCCUCAUCAUCAUAGUCGAAGGUAACCGAUAAAAGUUCCGACUAUAUAUUUUCUCCAAGACUACGAUGGAUCUCCUCACCCCUAUACAAUCAGAGAAGAUCAACUUUCUCAAUGACGAGCUUUACCAAUGGGUGGUAAUUGCUGCAACUUUGUUGAAUUUCCCCAUAAACUCAUAACUGAUAACUUUUCCUGUGGGUAUACAUCUUCAGUUAUCCGGUUUUUAUGAUCGUUAUUGGUUGAUUUCUGCACAACAUGUCCUCCAAAGAUUAGUCAAUUCUGUAUGAGCCCAUCAAAGAGCUUGAUAUCAUGUUAAACCAAGUGAGUUAAAACCAGAUCCACCUGUGUCUUAUCAAAUUCUAUUGAGGAAAGUUUGAAUUUUUGUUUUGUUUGUAGACUGUUUAAGAUACAUGCAGGAGUUUCAGAAGCUAUAAUUUCAAGCGUAAAUGAUCCGGUAACUUUGUAUUACCUCAGCAGGUUUGCACUUUGCAAAUACAUAACAAACACUACUGGAAAAAAAACAAUAUUACUAUGGACAAAUUAUCUUAAGGCUGUUUUCUUUUGUACAGCCACCGAUCACUUGCCUUUUCCCUCGAUCAACCCUUUAUAACACCUUCAGAUCAUGUAGAAAUCCUCACUCCUUUGAUGUGGACAAUAUCAGGUAUGAUUAUUGUACAUAAAGGACACAAUCUCUUAACUAUAGUUCAUUAUUUUAGCUAAAACCUCUUAGGAAGUUUUAACACUUUUGAAGAUUUCUUGGAACUUAUGGUAAGAACAUCAAUGACCUUGACAAGUACUCAGAAGCUAAAAGCAAUCUUGAUUUUUUCGAAAGAACACUGAAGUGGAGUCAUCUUGCUCCCACUGCACCUAAUACACUCAGUGAGAAUUCACCUCCCCCCUGCCUUGCAAAAUAUAUAUUUCGAACAAAGUUCCAUUUUGGAGUCUAUUGGUUUUUUUUAAUCAAAAAAGAAGAAUUUGGAGUCUAUUGGUUUGAUUCACUUCUUUGCAGGUUGUUAUCCUUUCACCGAUUGUGACCUUUUCAUGAUUGCAACUUGCCCUCAUGUCUUCUUCAUUGGGAGUCAAGAUAAAUAUGACAACCGUUCGGUAAAGGAACAAUAUCCUUGCAUAAAUAUUAUUAUAUAAGUACAUAGUAGGUAUUUUUUGUUUCUUGGGUCAAACAGUGCUCUAAGUGUGUUGGGUAAUAUAUUAAUUUUGCAGGGUCAGAAGGUCAGCCGGGAAGGUUGAUCUUCAUUCCUAAAUUUUGUGAGACCGGUAUUGCUGUUGUAGUGAAUUGAACUUUGAUCAUAGAUCAUCCUCACUGGAAUUCAAUUUUUCUUUCAUAUCUCAAAAAUCUGUUGUUGUUGUUUUUCUUUGGCAGAUGAACCUAAGGAAUCUGGAGUGUUACACUCGUAGCUUUGACAUCUAUCUAUACUAAUAAAGUUGUUUUUCUCUUUUUUCCUUGCGCCAUAUCAUCUUUUAGUAUUGGGAAAUUAAUGCCAAUGCUCGGGCUUUUGAUGUUUAUUAUUGGGCCCAGCAAGAGAUGUGUGAGCUAGGACUAGAGAGAGAAGCGUGAGGAGAAAAGAGAGGAUGGGGCGAGGAGAGGAGAUAGAGAGAGACAUGGGCGAGGAGAGGACUGAGGAGAGAGAUAGGGGAAGGAGGAGAGAUGAAGGCGAGGUGUUCUAUAUAUGUACUUCUCCGAAAAUCGUUUUGUAUGAUUCUAGACAACCGUCCAAAGAUUAUUUCGUAAACGCUGAUUUCGUAUUGUUUUACGAAGGUUGUUAUAUUAGGUCACUUAUUUUUACUAUACAAAAGUUUCUUCAUUUAAACAUCAAUUGAAACGGCUUUGCUAUAUUCUUUGUUGUAAGUAUGUUUUGUUGGAUGACUUUUAUUCACGAAUAAACUCUUAGGUUUUUCUUGAAAAGGAUCGUGUUUCGGAUAAUUUCGUCAUAAUGUUUCGUGUAAUUUUCUAGUUUGGAUGCGGCAUAUGUGGAUUUAGAGCAUCUCCAAUGUAUUACUCCAUAUUUUACUCCAAAA